AUUAAUUGAAAAGACCACUUAGUAGAAGAUUCCAAGAGAGGAUGGCCUCAUACCCUAACAAGUUGAUAGCCCAGUUGGCAUUCAAGGCUGGUGGGCAUGUGUUUCAUCAGCUCGCGUCUCUUAAUCCCCGUCACUUCAUCAAAGCCACCCCUACGCACAUCCAGGAGUGUAAGUUGCAUCAAGGCGAUUACGGAGUCAAUGGCUCCGUUAUCGAGUGGAGCUACACCGUUGAUGGCAAACCUCAGACGGCGAAACAAGUGCUUCAAGGCAUCGACAAUGAGAAGAAGCAAAUCUCGUGGAAGAUGCUCGAAGGAGACCUUUGCGUGCUCUACAAGGACUUGGUCAUAACGGCCCAUGUUGAGACCAAAAAUGGCGUCGACUUCAUCACUUGGACUAUAGACUACGAGCUCAUCUCACCCGAAAAUCCGCACCCGGUUUCCUUCUUGAACUUCUUCAUCUGUCUCACUAAAGACUUGGAGUCUCACAUCUUUGGAUGAAUGAUCGCUCAAGUGUUGGGACUUUGAUCUCACCAACCUACCCACAUAAUAAAUAUUGUUGAUUUUAUUAAGUCUAUAUGUAUGUAUGUUGUAAUUGCAAUAAGUGAGGGAUUGGUGAAGUUUAUGACUAUAUAUGUUCUCCACUCAAAAUAUAUGAAUUCUACUAUCAUGUUUGUGUCAA